AUGGAGGACCCGGCGGGGAACGUGUCCUCGCACACGCACUUCGUCCUGAACGGGUUCGCCGAGCUGGGCGCCCUGCGGCCCGUCCUCUUCCUGCCGUUCUCCGCCCUGCUGCUGCUGGCGCUGGCGGCCAACUCGCUGCUGCUGUUCGUGGUGGUCUCCCAGAGGAGCCUCCACUCGCCCAUGCACGUGCUCAUGGCCGGCAUGGCGUGCGUGGACCUGUGCGUCCCGCUCUUCUGCGUCCCCCACAUGCUGCUGAGCUUCCUGCUGGACUGGCGGGGGAUCUCUCUGAUUGGCUGCCUGCUGCAGAUCUACUUCGUGCACCUCUUUGGAACCUUCCAGUCGACGCUGCUGGUCUGGAUGGCGCUGGACCGCUACUUCGCCAUCUGCACGCCGCUCUACUACCACCAGCGCAUGGCGCUGCCCCGCUUCCUGAAGUUCAUGGUUCCCCUGGCGGUGAGGAACUUCCUGAUGAUGGUGGCGGUGGUGAGUCUGGCGGGACGGCUGCCGUUCUGCGACGGGAACGUGAUAAACCGCUGCUUCUGCGAGCACAUGGCGCUGGUGGAGCUGGCCUGCGGGAACACCUCCGUCAACAGCCUGGUGGGGUUGCUGACGGUGCUCCUCAUCCCGGUGGCGGACUUCGCCUUCAUCACGGCGUCCUACCUGCUGAUCUUCGGCACGGUGCUGAGCUCCGGCCGCUCGGGGGCCCGGGCGCUCCAGACCUGCGUCACUCACAUCGUGGUGCUGGCCGUCAGUCUGACCAUCGUUCUGGUCUCCUUCCUGUCGUACCGGAUCAGGAACAAGCUCCCGGCCCCCGUCCGGGUCUUCUUCAGCACCAUGUACCUGCUGGUCCCCAGCUGCUUCAACCCCAUCAUCUACGGCAUCCGGACCGCCGAGAUCCGGCAGCACAUCGUCAGGACGCUGAGCUGCUUCCACGUCGCCUGA